AUGUCCAACAACGCCGUUCUGGAGGAGGCCUUGGCCAGCCUGGAAGCCAGCCCUACCACCAUCCAGGUGCUUCGGGACCUUCACACUCAGGCGCUUGCCGAGACUCCCUUUGUCAGCACAAACCAACCGCUCUCUGCGGCUGUCGAUAAGUUUGUUGCGCUGGACCCUGACAAGUGCGCGCUGGUGUAUCUCCUUCUCCGGUCCACCAGAGCUCGCUACAUCGUCGAAGCCGGCACCUCCUUUGGAGUGAGCACAAUCUACUUAGCUCUUGCUGCUAGCCAAAAUGCCGCGGUUGAAGGCAAAGACUGCAAAGUGAUCGGUACUGAAAAUGAGCCUCCCAAGGCGGCGAGAGCGCGUGCGAACUGGGAGGCAGCUGGGGCUGAUAUCAAAUCGGUCAUCGAGCUUAGGGAGGGUGACUUGCGAGAGACCUUGAAGACCGAUCUACCCGAGCAGAUUGACUUCUUGUUGCUUGACAUUUGGACACCACUCGCGCUUCCGGCGCUCAAGUUGGUGCACUCUCGACUCAGAAUUGGAGCUACAAUCGUAACGGAUAAUUACAUUGCUGCGGCCAAGGGCUACACUGAUUUGAAAGCGUUCCUUGAGGACCCUCAAAAUGGUUUCAGGGUCACUUUAGCUCCGUAUGAUGGAGGGCUUUUGAUUGCCGUCUAUGUAGGCCGCAAGUAG